AUGACGUCUGCUCAGCAAGAGCCCGAUUCCGCGAGCGGAGACACAGCCGUUUCGCUGGAAAAUGUGAGAAACUCCACCAACGCGCCCACACUUGCAAGUCACGAGCAAGCGCAUGAACGUCGUCGUGAUGUGCCCACAGAUCAAGAACCAGAGAGCUUGGAAAAGGAGCAAGGAGAUGAUAUCGCAAAGGAUACAACGUCUCGGCAACCGCUGGAACGUACAACUUCGCAAGCAGACAAGAUGGGCACCAAAAAGAUCAUUGUGGUCAUGCUUGCUCUAUGUCUGGCGCUCUUCUUGGCCGCACUUGAUAUGACGAUCAUCUCGACCGCUCUCCCGACGAUCGCCGCGGACUUUGGUGCCUCGGAGAGUGGUUUCUCUUGGAUCGCAUCGUCGUACUUGCUGGCAAACGCGGCCUGUAUUCCUCUCUGGGGCAAGCUGAGUGACAUUUGGGGGCGCAAGCCGAUGAUCUUAUUCGCCAACAUUUGGUUUUUGGUGGGCAGUUUGAUCUGUGCACUCGCAAAGAAUCUAGCUAUGAUCUUGGCAGGUCGGGCCAUUCAGGGUGUCGGUGGUGGAGGUAUCAUCAUCAUGGCCAAUAUCAGCGUGACCGAUCUCUUCAGCAUGAGAGACCGCCCCAUGUAUUACGGUAUCUUUGGAGCGACAUGGGCCAUUGCCGGUGCUUUGGGUCCGAUCAUCGGUGGUGCCUUUACCACUAGUGUGACUUGGAGGUGGUGUUUCUGGCUAAACUUACCGAUCGGUGGAUUCUCGCUAGUCAUUCUCUUCUUUUUCCUUUCCAUCGAGUCCCCCAAGACUCCUCUCUUGGCUGGGCUGCGCAGCAUUGACUGGGCAGGAACGUUCUUGAUCAUUGGAGGCACUCUCAUGUUCCUCUUUGGACUUGAAUUUGGCGGUGUCAACUAUCCCUGGAAGUCUGCGACUGUGAUCUGUCUUAUCGUUUUCGGAAUCGUCGUGUGGGCUCUUGCCAUGUUUGCUGAAUACAAGCUGGCAAAGUAUCCCAUCAUCCCCCCACGACUAUUCAACGAGUGGUACAAUAUUCUGGUUCUCAUGGUCUGCUUCUGCCACGGAUUCGUAUUCAUCGCAGGAGCCUACUAUCUGCCGUUCUACUUUCAAACGGUCCUCCUCGCGUCACCCAUUCUUAGCGGUGUGUACACGUUGCCCAUGGUGCUUUCGCUUUCAUUUGUCUCUGCUGCCACUGGAAUCAUCAUGAAGAAAUCUGGCCGCUACCGUGAGCUCAUCAUUGGUGGACUCUUCUUCAUGACUCUUGGCUUUGGGCUGUUCAUUGAUCUCAAGCCCUAUGCCUCUUGGCCGCGCAUUGUCAUUUUCCAACUCAUUGCCGGUUGUGGUGUGGGUCCCAACUUCCAGGCCCCCUUGGUUGCUUUCCAGGCCAACAUUCGCCCGGCAGACAUGGCCACUGCGACUGCAACCUUUGGCUUUGUUCGUCAACUGGCCACUUCCAUGUCUGUUGUUCUGGGCACCGUGAUCUACCAAAACAUCAUUGGGGGACGACGUGACAUGAUCGUUGCAGCCAUUGGCCCUGAGCGCGCCGCUGCAAUCUCAGCCUCAUUUGCCGGAGCUUCCAAGGACCUUAUCGAAAGUCUGAAUGAGUCGCAACGCCGAGUCGUGCUUGACUCCUUCACAUUUGCGUUGAGUCGAAUGUGGAUUUUCUAUACCGCCGUUGCAGGCUUUGGAUUCAUUCUGUCGCUGUUCAUUGUUCCUCGUGAGCUGUCCAAGAAUCACACGAUUCGCAAGACUGGUCUCGAGGAGCAGGAAAGAGCUCGCCAGGAGUUGAUUGAUUCCAAGCGCAAAUCCGAGAACAAGCCUAAAGUCGAAGCCUAA